AUGGCUCGGCAGGAGGCGAAGCCCCAGCGCCCAAGGGAAGCUGGGCCGGCGGCGAGGAAGCGCAGGGGCCGGCCCGGGGCGCGCGGGCUCGGUGCGGCCGGCGCAGGAGUCGCGUGCUGCCCGGGCGUGAGAGGCUCCGGGCGCGCGCGGGGUCCCCGGACCGCCGGGUCCCUGGACGCGCCGCCGCCGCCGCUGCUGCUGGGACUCCUGCUGCUGGCGGCCCUGCCCGCGCACUGCCGGGCGCACCCGGGAACAGACAACCUACAGACAACUGUCACCCCAAACCCGGAGUCAUUUCCUCCCGGGAAAUUGUCCCCGACUUCACCAACAUGGCCUUUCUCCGAAGUCCAGUCUUCCUCCGCAGUGGAUAGAAUCAAGGAUGGGCUGGGCCCGACCCCUGACAACACCAGCGUGCUGCCGUUCACCCGAACACCUCCUCCCAAGACACACCGCAAGCCUCGGGCUCACGGGGACCUCUCCGCUUCCCCUCAGCAAGGGAGCGGAUAUAGCGCCUCCCUCGAGCCUUCCAAGGAUUCCACCGAGUCGCCGGUCCAGCCAAGACCGCCAGGGGGAAGAGAAGCAGCCGGUGUGUCAGGUUUGCCUCACACUAGCAUGCUCCCCACCUUGCCCACUGUCCCCUCGGGGACGUCCUUGAGCCCAGUCCUCCCGUCUCAGCCAGUAUGGGUAGGGGCUCCUUCCAUCUCAGAACGACAUUCUCUGAGGUCAGACAUCCUUCCGCUUCUCCCUCCAUCUCCCUCCCCUUCAUUGGCUCCUGACUCUCCUCAUUCCAUCAUCUUUUCUAAGCCAGCCGGGCGACCCACCACAGCGCCUUUAGUCCCCCAAACAGCUCCAACUGACUGCUCUCCAAGUCAGAGCGUGGCUAAACCCCGAAACCCACUUCCUGCCGAAAGGAACCACACUCCAUCCCCAAAUGCCCAGGAUUUAAUAAGCAUCCCCCGUCUAGGUUUCUCUGGAUCUUCAACAAAGCAGUAUUCGGAGCUGUCCCCCACGGAGGAUCCUCGCACAGCAGGCUCCCCCACACCAGAGUUUCUGAGGUCCGGGCCAGACCUGGCCCAUCGGUCUCCCCCUCCCCCAGCACUUGGAAGUCUUCACCUGCCCCGUGGAACUCCCUCCUGGUCAAGCUUGGAAGCGGCAUCAAGGCCUGCGUCCACCCAGCCAGUCACAGCGGAGGUGGCCGAAACGGUGCACAAGGGGGCGUCUCUGCCAGCUCUGAAGAGUGGGGCUGUGCCCUCACUUUCCCAGACCGCUGAGUCAGGGGCGGUGGAAAUGACCAACAGGACACUAGCCCCCGCCACUGCAAAGGACUCCGAUAACCCGCUGCACCUGUCAGCAGCUCCAGAGAAUUCUGAAGGGCCCGUCCUUUCAGCAGAACACACAUCUUCCUCUUUGGUGCCUUCUCCUCUGCCUCCCACCACAACCGGCCGAGGACAAGCCCUCCUUUCUGGGGCGGUUCCUGCAUCACCCUCGAAGGGCGCAGUGGCAGACUCUCCCGCUGUCCUGCAGCCGGUGGGGAACCAUGCCUCUCCAUCCACCCCGCCCCGAAUGCCAACUCCUCAGGGAGAGGGUCACCAUGGACCCCCUCCUACUGCCGCUACCGACUUCCUCCUCUCAAACACAUUUCCUAAUCUCCUUGCCGCCACUUGGACGUUCCUGCUGCAGAAAGAAGGUGGCGGGGCAGCUGUCCUAAGGAAAAACGAAAGGGCAAAUUUGACAGUUGCUCUCCAAACCUUCCAAAGUAAAGAGAUUCCGAGUCUUCAUACUCUAAACGGAUUCACCUCUGCUUUCAGCACUGAUCCUAUUUCAUCCACUGUCCGUACAACGCCAAGAACAAACCUGGCUUCAGAAUUACCUCCCCGUUCUCUCCCUUCCACACAAGUUGCCCAGACUGUUUCCCCAUCUCCCGGCUUUUCCAGCAGCAAGCCAGAGACGGACGCAGCUGCGACGGGCCAUUCGGAGCUGCCAGUUUCAACUUCCAAACAGGUGACGGCACUGCCCUCCUCCACUGAGGUCUAUGAUUUCUCAACAAUGGGAAGCGUGAAAAAGCCAGCGGUCACAGAUGUGUUCCGGAGUUCCCUUUCCGCAGAAACUGGAUCCCUUUCCACAGAACCAACGAUAUCUGGCUUGCUGCAGCAAACAAAUUAUGCUAUAAAUGGGCACACAAUUAACUCCACAAGUUGGAAACCUCACUCAGCUUCCUCUCCUGCCCCCAGUGUUUUAGCUUCAGCUGUUAAUACAAUAGACCCCCAGCAUCUCAAAGACACUGCUGGGCGUGUAGCAACUGCAGAAGGCUUUAGCAUUCAGGAUUCAGUCCUUGAUACAGGCACCGACCAGCCCAUCCAACAGUCAGAUGUUACCAUGGUUGGAAACCAUACAGCUGUCUUGUCUGCAAGUAAUAACCAUUCCAGAGACUUCCAAACAACUGAAGUUGAAGAUGAUCCAUCCACAAGUCAACAAGUCACGUCUCAUCCCCAUGUACAGCCGCCUGUCCAUCCAACAUGGCCUCUCUCGCUACCCUCUCUGAGUCUGCCUUCCACAGCUGGCUUGCAGGAGAUGUUUUCAGAUGGAAUGGAUACAAGUUGCUGGUUUGCAGGAGAUGUUUUCAGAUGGAAUGGAUACAAGUUCCAAAAUUUCCAGCAACUUCUACCCAUCUCCCACUCUACUGCUGAAUCUCCUCUGUCAACCAGGGCCUCACUCAGGACCCCAUCCACAGUGCUUCCGCCUUCUCAGCGCCCCAAGAAAUGGACAGUGGAUUUCGCAGCGGUGUCCAAGGCAGAACCAACAGCAGCUGCAGCAGCAUCCACGUUGCUCCUGAGGAAAUCAAGUCCGGCGGCACUGUCUGCAGCCCUGGUCGCCAAGGGCACUGGCAGCAGCCCUUCGGCCGUGGCCUCUGGAUUAGUCAAGAGCAGUUUGACCACUGCUCUAGCUAGACAUGUCACAAACAACACGGCAUCGGGCCCGAAGGCGACACCAGGGGCAGGCCACCCAGCCUCCUCCUUCACGCCAACCUACAUGUUUGCAAAGUCAGCACACACCACAAGCACUCACACAGCCAUGCAAGGGGACACGGGCACCGCCUCCGGCCUGUUGUCCACAACACACCUCCCCAGGAAGCCACAAGCCAUGCACACGAACCUCCCAAACCCCACCAACCCAGACCUGCCCAGGGCGUCCACCACACGCUCGCUGACAAUCACCGCAGCCUUGACGUCCGUCACCGCGCCAGUUAGGGCCACGCGGUUGCCGCCUCUGCUGGCAGAAAACCCAAAUGCUGCUCUUCCCGCUGUGUCGACGGCUGUGGUCACAACUGGCAAAAUGGCGUCCAACCUGGAGUGUCAGAUGUCCAGUAAACUCCUGGUGAAGACAGUUCUCUUUCUGACGCAGAGGAGAGCGCAGAUCAGUGAAACCUUGAAGCUCAGUAUAGCCAAAGGGCUCACGCAGGCAUUGCGCAAGGCUUUCCACCAGAAUGACGUCUCGGCUCACGUGGACAUUCUGGAACAUUCUCAUAACGUCACAGUUGGUUACUAUGCCACCAAAGGGAGGCUGGUGUACUUGCCUGCCGUGGUGAUCGAAAUGCUGGGAGUUUAUGGGGUCAGCAACGUCACUGCAGAUCUGAAGCAACAUACCCCAAACUUGCAGUCCGUGGCGGCACUCGCCUCCCUGUGGCAUCCCCAGCCUGCAGGCCACUUCCAGCUGAAAACAGUGCUUCAGUUUGUGAGCCAGUCCGACAACAUACAGUCCUGCAGGUUUGCUCAGACGAUGGAGCAGAGGCUACAGAAGGCCUUCCAGGAUGCCGAGAGGAAGGUGCUGAGUACCCAAAGCAACCUGACCACUCAGAUUGUGAGCACGUCCAACGCCUCCCAGACCGUCACCUUGGUGUACGUGGUGGCCAACCGGAGCUCUUUCCUCAAUGGCACCGUUGCCAGCAGCCUCCUCCGCCAGCUCUCAGCUGAGCUGGUGGGGUUCUACCUCACCUACCCGCCGCUCACCAUUGCUGAACCGCUGGAAUAUCCCAACCUUGACAUAUCGGAGACAACCAGAGACUAUUGGGUAAUUACAGAAUGUGAUCAUAACGGCACGUUCUUUAUACCCAAGCUGUGUCCAUAUCCCAGUAGAUGGCUGCCAUUAAUGGUCCUUAACUGGAUCGUGGUAGAUCAAACUCCCCAGCCCACGGUCAUGGAGCAGCGCCUAGCUCAGCUGUUCAUGAUGUCCCAGCAGCAAGGCCGUCGGUUUAAGGCCACCACCCUGGGAAGCUACACCGUGCAGAUGGUGAAGAUGCAGCGGGUGCCGGGACCCAAGGACCCAGCGGAGCUGACUUACUACACCCUGUACAACGGGAAGCCUUUGCUGGGGACCGCGGCUGCCAAGAUCCUGAGCACCAUUGACUCCCAAAGGAUGGCCUUGACCUUGCAUCACGUUGUCCUCCUGCAAGCUGACCCCGUGGUGAAGAACCCACCCAACAACCUGUGGAUCAUCGCCGCGGUGCUGGCGCCCAUCGCCGUGGUCACGGUCAUCAUCAUCAUCAUCACUGCCGUGCUCUGCCGGAAGAACAAGAACGACUUCAAGCCAGACGCCGUGAUGAACCUGCCUCAGAGAGCAAAGCCUGUGCAAGGCUUUGAUUAUGCCAAACAGCACCUGGGCCAGCAAGGGGCGGACGAGGAGGUCAUCCCCGUGACGCAGGAGACGGUGGUCCUCCCGCUCCCUGUCAGAGAUGCUCCUGCCUCGCAGGAAAGGGACGUCGCCCAGGACGGAAGCACCAUCAAGACGGCCAAGUCCACCGAAACCAGGAAGAGCAGGUCACCCAGUGAGAAUGGCUCUGUCAUCAGCAACGAAUCAGGGAAGCCCAGCUCAGGGAGGCGCUCGCCCCAGAAUGUAACGGCACAGCAGAAAGUGACAAAGGAGGAGGCACGGAAGAGAAAUGUGCCCGCAAGUGAUGAAGAGGAAGGCGCAGUUCUAUUUGACAGCUCUGGCAAGGCGGCUGCUGAUCCCUUUGACUCGUCCUCUGGAUCCGUGCAGCUCAUCGCAGUAAAACCCACAGCCCUCCCCGUGGUGCACCCCACCCCGGACCGGAGCCAGGAGGCCGCAGCACUCAACGGUGAGGUGAACAAAGCCCUGAAGCAGAAGUCAGACAUCGAACACUAUCGGAACAAGCUGCGCCUCAAAGCCAAGAGGAAGGGGUAUUACGAUUUCCCUGCAGUGGAGACAAACAAGGCUCAGACGGAAAGAAAAAAGAUGUAUGAGAAAGCCCCAAAGGAAGUCGAGCACGUGUUGGAUCCAGACCCGGAACUGUGCGCCCCAUUCGCCGAGUCUAAAAACAGGCAACAGACGAAGAACUCUGUCUACCGAAGCCGGCAGUCUCUGAAUAGCCCAAGUCCGGGGGAAACGGAGAUGGACCUUCUGGUGACACGGGAGCGACCCCGGCGUGGAAUUCGUAACAGCGGAUAUGAUACUGAGCCUGAAAUCAUAGAGGAAACCAACAUUGACAGAGUUAACGAGCCGCGGGGCUACGCCAGGUCGCGGCAGGUGAAGGGCCACUCUGAGACGUCCACGCUGAGCUCCCAGCCCUCCAUCGACGAGGUCCGGCAGCAGAUGCACAUGCUGCUGGAGGAGGCCUUCAGCCUAGCGUCCGCGGGGCACGCAGGCCAAAGCCGGCACCAGGAGGCCUACGGCUCAACACAGCACCUGCCCUACUCGGAGGUGGUGACCAGCGCCCCGGGGACCAUGACGCGGCCCAGAGCUGGGGUGCAGUGGGUGCCGACCUACCGCCCAGAAAUGUACCAGUACAGUCUGCCCCGGCCGGCCUACAGGUUCUCCCAGCUUCCUGAAAUGGUCAUGGGCUCUCCCCCUCCGCCUGUACCUCCGCGGACUGGCCCUGUAGCGGUUGCUUCUCUCAGGCGGUCCACCUCCGACGUUGGCAGCAAGACCAGGAUGGCCGAGUCCACUGGGCCCGAGCCGGCCCAUCUGCACGACAGCGCCUCCUUUACCCAGGUGUCCAGAGGCCCCGUGUCCAUGGCGCAGCUGGAUCAGUCAGCUUUAAAUUACUCAGGCAAUACGGUGCCCGCAGUGUUCGCCAUCCCAGCUGCCAACAGACCGGGCUUCACCGGCUACUUCAUCCCGACGCCCCCCUCGUCCUACAGGAGCCAGGCCUGGAUGUCCUAUGCAGGAGAGAACGAGCUCCCGAGCCAGUGGGCCGAUUCGGUCCCUCUCCCAGGGUACAUCGAGGCUUACCCCCGGUCACGUUACCAGCAGAACUCCCCCUCCAGGCUCCCUCGGCAGUACAGCCAGCCGGCCGGCAUGCACCCCAGCUUGGAGCAGGGCCCUGUGCCCUCCGCGGCGGCCUCCCAGCAGAGCCUGGCAGAGAACGACCCUCCCGACACCCCCCUGACCAACAUCUCCACAGCGGCCCUGGUGAAGGCCAUCCGGGAAGAGGUGGCCAAGCUGGCCAAGAAGCAGACGGACAUGUUCGAGUUCCAGGUCUAAGGCCUUAG